UUGUAGACAUGGCGAAGUGUAUGUUGGUGUUGGCUGUCUGCGUGCUGACUGCACAUGCAGCUCAAUUUUAUACUAGAGAUGCUCACAGCCGAGUAGCGAGAUCUCCCCUCUACUACGGUCAAUACGGUCCGCCGCCGCCACCUCCUCCACCCCCUGGGCCACCUCCAGUAUUCUUCCACACGAGGAACUGGAGUGGCCUCGCUCGCAGUGCUGACGGCUCAGCACAAGGAGUCUUCAGUGGCGCAGCAGCAGCUGCUGACAGCUUGCCGACAUCCGGAGCAGCUUAUUCCCUCGCAUCAUCAGGUGUGACGGGACCCGGAUCCGGAUGCGGCCAAUGCGGAUCUUCGGACUUCGGCGGACAAUCCGGAGGCAGCUCGGGAAGUUACGGAAGAUCUAGUCAAUACAAUGGACAAACAAGCGAUGGAGGAUCAGCAGGCUUUGGUCAAUCAAACGGUGGCUAUUCAGGCGGACAACAAUCCAACAAAAGUUUCAAGCAAUCUCACUUUUCAUAUCAAAGCGGUAAUCAAGGAGGUAAUGGAGGAAACUCUGGAUACAAUAGCGCUCAAAGUUCAGCAGUUGCUGCAAAUGGUGGUAGCCAUGGUCAUGACGUCGAAUCUUUUGAUAAUCAGCAGCAGCUACAACAGCAGACUGAAAAUUUCGGAUCCCAAGGAUUUAAUGGAAAAAAAUCUGGAUAUAGUAGCGGUCAAAGCUCUGCGGUUGCAGCAAACGGCGGUGGACACGGCCACGAUGUCGAAUCUUUUGGCAAUCAGCAGCAAAUACAACAGCAGACAGACAAUUUCCAUUCUGGAUCCCAAGGAUUUAGCGGCGGGCAGCAGAAAGUUCAAUUAGACUCUCAUUUUGAACAUGGCCAAGGCAAGCAUCAAGUUGGAUUUAACAGUCAAGCGGGUGCUGGAGGUGAUGCAACCCAAACCCAACAGUCUAGUAAUUUCGGCAAAUCUAACAGCCAAAACCAGGAGUCUAACGGAGAUUUUUCUUCAUCUUCGAGUCAAACUGGUGCCUUUGGAGCUUCAGGAUCUCAGCAUGAUGCUAAUAGAGGCGAUAUUGGUGAAAGUCAAGGCCAGUUUAAUAAGCCUCCGCCACCAACAAGCAACUUCGGCGCUGGUGGUCAAAUAAGUAAAUCUGGUAGCUUUGGUGCCAAUGGGGGUUUGAGCACAUCACAACAGAGUGGAUCAAGCUCAGGUUCCUUCAAUUCUAAUAGAUCUAAUGGUGGUUUUGGUUCGGAAGAUCUACAGUCUACUUUGGGUGGAGCAUUGAACCUCGCUUCCCAAGGACUCCAAGCUUCUGAGCAAAGCGGCUGCAGUACUUGCGGUAAGAGCAACUACGCUCUCAGCAACGCUAAGAGCCAUAGCGGAUCAGCUGUUGCCUUAUCUAUUGGUGGAUAAAACGGAAAUUAUAUUUAUUUAUGGAAUUAAAGCAACAAUAAAUUA